CGGCCUUAAUCGAUCACACGCGCACGUGCAGAUGCCACUCUGAGGUUCACGAGUAAAUCAUUAACUGAACUGCUACAAUGAUCACAGCGGGCUGUUGUUUAAUGCGUCUGUUUGCAGUCUGACUGGGUUUGUGCAGUGCAGAUUCAUUAUGGCAGCUCUGCGUGCGGCUAAACAAGCUUUGAGAAGAGAAAUCAAGGGUCGAGUGUCUGCAGUGAGUGAUCAGGAGAAACUGAGACAGUCUCGAGUUGUCUCGCAAAAGUUGUUCAGGCAUCCCAAAUACCUGUCCAGCCAGCGGGUCGCUGUCUUCCUGAACAUGCAUGAUGAGGUGCACACAGACGACAUCCUCCAGGACAUCUUCAAGAGGGGCAAAGUCUGCUUCAUUCCCAGAUACUUCACCAAGAGCAGUCGUAUGGACAUGUUACGACUCAAGGACACGGAAGAGGUGAAGACGCUGCCCCUCACGUCCUGGGACAUCCGGCAGCCAGCAGACGAGGAUAGCGACCGAGAGGAAGCACUGACCUCAGGAGGACUAGAUCUUAUCCUCAUGCCUGGUUUGGGAUUUGAUAAGAAGGGGAAUCGGCUUGGCAGAGGAAAAGGUUUCUAUGACACGUAUUUGGAGCGCUGUAUGACGCACCCGAAGGGAAAGCCGUACACCAUCGCCUUGGCUUUCAAAGAGCAGCUGUGUGCUGAAGUCCCAGUGGGUGAACAUGAUAUUCUUAUUGAUGAAGUCCUCUAUGAAGAUGAGGAAUGAACUGGACCAGUCAGACAAAUGAUUCUAGCGACAUUGAUCUAGUUUCUAAAUGAAAUGCAUUAAAUCUCCUUGGAUGGAAUCCAUAUUCUCAUCUCAAAUAAUGUCUGGGGACUCCUUUCAUAGAAGAGCUUCUGUAUCAGCAUAAGAAUCACCAAACGCUCACUACAAAAAGGCUAAAUACUGUAUGCUGAUACUCUAUCCUGACUUUAAAGGAACAGUUCACUCAAACAUGAAAAUGUGGUCUUUAUUUUGUCACUCGUGUCAUUUUAAAUCUGUAUGCCAUUUAUAUUAUGUUUGGUUUUUGAAAUCUUUCAAACUCAAACUAGUAGCCUAUUACUAUUUUAGUUUUGAUGGAAGGUAAGAUUACAAGUAAAAUUUUAAUUUCAUUCUAUUCCUCGGUCAGGCCUCGGAAGACUAUACUGACUUCUUGUAUGGCACUUUAUCUUGUUUUCAUUGUGUUUUUAUUUUUUUAAUCUGUGUUCCAAAGAAACAUGACGGCAUACAAGAUGUAAACUACAUGAGGGUGAAUAAAUAAAUGACAGAAUUUGCAUUCUUGGUAAACGACUGCAUUAAAAUGAUCUGUACCCGA